UGGCUGACUCCAAUUGCGAGGCCGGUCACCGCUAAAUCGGGUGGUGCCUCGCCUUGCAAGAUGUUUUAGAGUUUCGCUCUGAAACAGACAUUUACUCGCAGAAAACUCGACAGUGCCCAGACAGUUUCUCGCCCACCUAGAGGCGAACACACAUGUUGAUUUCAAAGACGCAGUCGUCCGCGAAAAAAAGUUUGGUUCCUCUACAGUGUACAUCACUCGUAAUUGCCGAGUCUAAACAAACGAUGCUAUCAGUAUGCAUGCUUCGAGGUCAGUUCCUUGUGGAUAAAGUCAAAAAGAAAACGCGGAGGAGUGGCGUAAAAAUAUGGGUGCCGAAGAUUUUGAUUUCGCGUUGCACGUUUGCGAGUCGAUUGCGUUUACCUUGCACGGUGCGCUCCGCUUGAGUGAACCGUGCACUGGGAUCUUUGGAAAAUUCAUCGCCAAGGAUUCGGUGCCCUACCCGAAUAUCUUUUUCCCGAUUGUUGGGUUAAUCUCUCUUGUUGUGUCAGUGGUAAACAUCGUGUGCAGUGGCAGCGACACGAUCAUCCUCGCCGUUCAGGCGUACGUUGUCGCAUGGCACUCUGCGGCAGCGUUCACGCAUAUCAGAAUAGGCGAUCCGAUUUUUGUCACCGGAGUGCCCGGUGUCUUCGUCGUGAUGGCGUUCACGAUAAGCGGUUUGCGUGCAGGCUGGGUGUCAGCGUGUGCCGGAACGGUCUUGUUCGGAGGCAUCGGAGUCGUGUCUGCCAGUGCUGUUGUCAAGCGACCAACCGUGGCGCUGCACGAUGCUCUUCUUCCUCGAGAGGAUUGAAGAUGCUGGAGAGGCAUUGCAACGCGAAAGUUUCGGCUUUUCAGCGUCACGUAUUUGUAUGCAUACUUUCAAUGGCCCCUAUAUGUCUGCGUGCUUCUUCUAUUCAGAACAUGAUGAAAUUUCCGACUUCUCAAUGUUUACACUUUGUGUAUGAUAAUGAU